AUGGAGUCUUCCCGAGCAAUCGCGCAGCAACCGGCAAAAGGUCUUGAUGGACGGCAAGAUGACCCGAUAGGAUCUUCGGUACCGUUCAGUCUUGCAAACCAUGAGUCGCAUGUUCCUGGGGUCCAAUCACCACAUGCACUUGGCCAGUCCUUGCCAGAGUUGCGUUCGCAGUGGCAUGGCACCACUGGUAUCCGCUUCGGUACCUAUGAAUGCUCCGACCAUCAGGGAUGGCAAUUCCGCGGCGGAUAUGAACAAGAUGUUGCUGAGGAUGGGCACAUCAACUACCAGAAAUCGACAGCUAAUCAACCGCGAUCCCUACAAAUCGCCCAACGCUUCGGACAAAGCCAGGGACCGUCGACCAACUUCGUAGAACUUGACGACCAUCCAUAUCCUCAAAUUUGCGAGCGGCCGGAACAAAGCGAAAUCGACUUUCCGCUAGAGCACUGCAAUCAGUGCGACAAGACGUUCCGUGGCAGGUAUCGAAAAGGCAACCUGCGACGGCAUAAUCUUGCCUUCCACAACGAAUUUGCUGCCGUAGUCGGAUCCGCGUGCCGUGUCUGCAAAAGGGCUUACAAGCGGACCGAUGCGACCCGCAAACACGAAUGGAAGAAGCAUCGUAUCCUUGACGCAAUGCCCAAGAAGCGCACGAAGUAG